AUGCCGCUCCUCUUCCUGCUCCUGCUCCUCCUCCCCCUCCCGCAUUCCACCGCUGCCUCCCACGGCAGCGGCGGGGCAGCGGCGCGCCUGAACGGGCUGGCGGAGGAUCCGCUGGCGGACGACGACUCGUUCGCGCGCCUGGCGGAGGCGGACAAGCGGCGGUGGGCGCAGGGCGCGGCGGAGGACGCGGGACUGGCGGCGAAGAUGCGGCGGCUAGCGGAGGUGGAGGUGGUGACGCGCGUGCACGUGCGGCUCGUGGGGUUCGACGGCGACCGCGACGACAACAGCAACCUCCGCGUGCAGCCGGAGGAGAUGACAAAGUUUCUCAACACGCUCAAACCAGACAACGUCUUCCGAGCCAUUCACGGCGAGGUAUGGCAUUCACGGCGAGAACCACAUGCUCCUCCUGCCUUUCCACCGCCCCGCCACCCUCUCUGCCCGUCCAUGCCCUGCGUCCUCUCGCUGUCCGCAGCCGCCCCUCGCACCCCUCGCUGGCCUUCUCCGCCCCUCGCACCCCUCGCUGGCCUUCUCCGCCCCUCGCACCCCUCGCUGGCCUUCUCCGCCCCUCAGACCCCACCCUGCUGCCACCGUUUCUCCUUCCACACGCCCGCCCCUCCCCACUCCUCUUCCCCCCACUCAGUCACACGCGCUGGCAGUGCGGCAGCGCGUGGCGUUCUCAGUGUCGCGUGCGCCCAGGCGCCUGGCCUCUGCCAUCUCCGCUGA